CUUCAAACACUAAACCCGCCAAACAAAACCCCCAGGCCCCAAAACCUCUUGAUUUUCUCUGGAACCAGCAAUGCGGAAACCUAAAGAUAAACCUGCAAAACAAGCGAAACAAUUAAUCGAAAUCAAAGAGGAACCUAUGGACGAAGAAGGACGACGAACAGUACAGCCGCCGCAGGAGGCUGAGCACGAGAACGAAGUGAAAGAUGAACUGGAAGAAGAGAACGACGACGGCGGCAGCAGCGAAGUGGAAGACGAAGAAAAGAGCUUUGACGAGCUGGGGCUGGACCCUCGGUUGAUUCGAGCUCUUAGCAAGAAGGAUAUUAGUGUCUCAAAGCCAACGCCAAUUCAACGCGUUGCUAUUCCUCUCAUACUGGAAGGAAAGGAUGUGGUUGCACGAGCAAAGACUGGUUCUGGAAAGACGCUAGCAUACCUACUGCCCUUGCUUCAUAAGCUGUUUGCUGAUUCUGGAUUGAAGCAAAAGAAUGCUCCUUCUGCCUUCAUUCUUGUCCCAAGUGGGGAGUUGUGUCAGCAGGCUUAUAAGGAGAUAUCUUCACUCAUAGACUUGUGUAAAGUGCAUUUGAAGGCUGUGCAGUUGAGAAGCAACAUGCCUAUAUCUGAUAUGCGUGCUGCAUUGUCUGGACCUCCUGAUAUUCUGAUCUCAACUCCUGCUUGUGUUGCCAAGUGCUUGUCAACUGGUGUACUUCAAUCGACAUCAGUUGCCGAUUCUCUGGAAAUACUUGUUCUGGAUGAGGCAGAUCUGUUAUUAUCUUUUGGCUUUGAAGAGGACCUAAAAGCUCUUACCGCUCUUCUUCCUAGGCGUUGUCAGUGCCUUCUUAUGUCUGCCACAUCAAGUGAUGAUGUUGAUAAACUCAAGAAGCUUAUCCUACACAAUCCAUAUAUCUUGACUUUACCAGAAGUUGAUGGUGUGAAGGAUGAAAUCAUUCCCAAAAAUGUUCAACAAUUUUGGAUUUCGUCCAGUGAUCAAGACAAGCUAGUUCAUAUUCUUGCCCUAUUGAAGCUGGAGCUCAUACAGAAAAAAGUUAUUAUAUUUACCAAUUCUAUUGAUAUGAGUUUCAGAUUGAAACUUUUCCUUGAAAAGUUUGGAAUCAAAUCUGCUGUUUUAAAUUCAGAGUUGCCGCAAAAUUCUCGUCUCCAUAUCCUUGAGGAAUUUAAUGCUGGGCUUUUCGACUAUCUGAUUGCUGGGGAUGAGAGUGAGGUAAAAGAUGAGCAACUUGCUAACAAAGGUAGUAAUGCGGAUACCAAAUGGUCUAAAAAGUACCCAAAGCAGAAACUGGACUCAGAAUUCGGGGUUGUGAGGGGAAUUGACUUCAAAAACGUAUUCACGGUCGUAAAUUAUGAUAUGCCUGGUUCUGCUGUUGGAUAUGUCCAUCGAAUUGGACGGACUGGAAGAGCAUACAACACUGGUGUUUCUGUUUCUCUCGUUUCUCCAAAUGAGAUGGACAUUCUUGAAGAAGUAAAAUCUUUGUUGGGCAAUGAGGAAGAUCAGAAUUCGGAUGUCAUCUCUCCAUUCCCUUUGCUGACUAAGAGCGCUGUUGAGUCAUUACGGUAUAGGGCUGAGGACACAGCGAAGAGUGUUACAAGAGUUGCUGUCCGAGAAGCUCGGGCACAGGAUCUGAGGAAUGAAAUUCUAAACUCAGAAAAGUUGAAGUCUCAUUUUGAAGCUAAUCCAAGGGACUUAGAUUUACUAAAACACGACAGGAUUUUGAGCCAGAAGCCACCUGCUCCUCAUCUGCGCAAGGUGCCUGAUUACUUGAUCGAUGCCACCACGAAGGAAGCCAGUAAGAUGGUGAAGCUUGCUAGAGCCGCGAUGGGGAAUAAUCCUUCUCGACGUCAGGGUCAGGGGUUCAAAAGAAAGCUGAAAAAAGGAGGGGGAGACCCUCUCAAGUCAUUCUCCGCAGAGGGAGGAAGGAAGGGAGCUCGAAAAGGCGGUAUGAAAAGAGGAGGCCGAAGCACUGAUGGCAAUCAUAACCACAAGAAGCGGAAAUCUGUGUGAGCUUUUCAUGUAUGAUUAUUGUUGUCUUUGGGGUAAUUCCCGUUGCAAUUUUGAUGGCCUCAUUUAGACAGCAAGUGUAUUUAGUAUUUUGCAGUCGAGGGAAAAAAAAGGAAUUGUGUAUUUCUCAACUUAAAUAGAUAAAGUGACUGAAAAUUAUUUUAAUUCAGAUUAGAAAUGAAAAAUAGAGGUUACA